GUUAUCUGCUCAAGGGAGCAGUUCCAUAAUGAGCGCACUUUCCUUCGUGGCUUUCGAAGAAUACCUUCAAACUAUACAACGUGCAAUAUUUCCACUCGUAAGUUAGCUUCCCCCUUCAGGAUUUCAUUCAACUAACCAAACUUUUGCCAUCAAGUUUCAGCAAGUCACUUGAUAGGAUUGGCAGGGAAAGGGGGUGGUGGAGAAGAGCUGAGAAGGUCCUAAGUUUGGAUAGAUUUAUGCUGAUCUUAUGCUGAAUAAGAUCCUCGGGGAAAUCUGUGAAAAGCAUAUCUACCUAUCUAACUAUUUGGCUGGCAAUGCCUGCAUACCCACAAAUAUCAGAUGCACAUGCGUACAUUCACAGAGAAAGGGGGAGAGAAAGAGACAGAGAAAGAGAGAAAAGAAGUGAAACAAAGAGGGAGAAUGGGAGGAAGGUUGGAAGGGAGGAGGAUGAGAAGAGGAGGAAGGGACAAGUAGGGGAGGAAGACAGGGAUCUUGUUGCUUACAAUAUAUACAAGGGUACUGAUUCAGUGUGUGGUGGUGGUGGGGGGGGGUGGCAGCAAGCCUAAUGCACUGGAACUCUGUGUGGAUUUCGGUUGCGGGGCAUUCAGACGACGAGUCUGGACUUCGGCUGUCAGUUCUCAAAAUUCACUGAGAGCGAUUGUCCGUGUUUGUGGGAUUGUGUAAGUAAAGAUGGUGAAAAGAGGGUGGUACGGAGUUUGAGCUUAUAAGCCGCGGAAAGGAGAUGAACCAGAGAGAAGAGUUUAGCCUCAGGGAAUGGCAUCAGUGGGUCGCAUCUGACCAGAGCUUGUCUUUGUGCCUGAUAGCUUCCAGUCAGCCGCAGGGGUGGAAUGCCCUACAAGCAGAAACCUCCACGCUAGUAACCAUACUGGUUUGCGUCUGGGAGGAUAUGUGUCGUGCUAUGUUAGUGAUCAGCACGAGAGAACUGACCUCUUCCAGUUCAAUCAUACAGGAAGCGCGAUCUGAGGUAGGGUGUGAGGUAGGGUGUUCAGACGAUGAGGCAUGGACUUGCAGAUGAAGGCUUAUGCGUUUUGCACUGCCUUCCCAACACUAUGCUCGUUUUUCAAAUGUAUUUGAUUUACUUCUAGUUCCUGCGUAUUAUAAUGGUAUCGGCAGAGUAUGGGUUGACAUGACAGUGAAAAAAUGACGAGUACGUUUCAGGAGAAAACUCACACUAACAGCACUGACUGACUCAUCGCCUUGGAAAGCGGGGAUCAAGUGCUCUUUCAUGGCUUAGCGAAUACUCGUACCAGAACUUUAUGGAGUUAUUACGGCCAGAUUCAGUUCAAAAUGGCGAAGUGCGAGUAUGCCCUUCAUGGAKGACGGCAUUUUCAGUGAUCAAGUGCUCUUUCAUGGCUUAGCGAAUACUCGUACCAGAACUUUAUGGGGUUAUUACGGCCAGGUUCAGUUCGAAAUGUCGAAGUGCGAUUUGAGAUAUUGCGUCAAGGAAGCUAGGAAACAAAGAGAGUUGUGAUGGAGAGUGAAUGGUUGCUGCUAAUGUGCCAUGCGGUGUCACUGGAAAGUGCCUGGAUCAACCAGUCAUCAUGUCCUUCCAAGCAGUCAGAACCUUGUUGGCAUGCCAAGAUCCAACCAGCCCGGCGAUUUCUGUUUCCCGACCGUCACAAUCGGCGGUCAUGGUUGAUGAUCGUUACACCGAACGCAACAGCUAGCAAGGCAAGGAUUCUCAAAGGCAAUGAAAAGGUGCCUGUCUCGAAGGCAAAUAAAAGGUGACUGAUGUCAAGCGAGCCCUAAGGCAACGAACAAAUCACAAAAGUCCUGGAGGCUGUAGAGAAGGAAGGCGGGUGGCAAGUUGUCCGAACUUGACCGUUGGACGUUCUGUCGUGUGGUAAAUCAAUCGCAAAUGCAGUGAAGCUGCAAGGAAAGGAAGUCAGUUCGCAUGCAAGUCGACUGUUCAAAUCUCCUGGCAUUUUGGGUGAGAGAGGGUCAAAAAGGUUUUGCAUCACAAUGGCGGGGAAUGAAAGCCAGGAAAUGUCCGAGGGUUUUUGUUUGAGACUGCACUCGACGGCGAUGGGCAAUCAAAGUUAUGUAAUAUGAAUACUUGCGAUUGCCACUGGAUGAGAGGGGUCUCGUAUAUGACUUGGAAUGGAUCAGCCAACAGUGAAAGCUCCGGCUGGCACUGUUUGGUAUUGCAUGUGCUGUGCUGCUGCCGGAUAGAGUCCAGUUUAGUUUAGUUAUGAUUACAGAGUCGCCGUCCGAUGUUUACAUUGCAUAUGAGCUCGCGAAGCCCAAAGCUUUGAUAAGAUGCCAUGAGGGAUAUAGGGUUUGCACAGUGGAGCACGACUUUCACGGUUGAGUACCUUUGACGGGUGCUCGGUGAAUCAUCGAUGUCAUUGCCCGAGGCUUGUCAUGUUCUCAGGCAAGUUGCGACAAGAGAUUGUUAUUGUUACAACUCCAAAGUCUAAGUCACAGUCGAGCAGAUAGUCGGCAUUAUCAUCGGAUGAUGACAAGACAGUGAAGCAGGAGGCAAAGUGUGACUGCUGUAAAGAGGCAUCCUAUGUAUAGACAGAGUGUAGUAUUGUACUUGGCAUCGGUGGUUAUCUCCAGCUCCUGUGAUUUUGUUUGUCUCUGUCUAAUUCUUCUUUUUCCGAGGUCAUUGCUUCAGCUUUUUCUCUGCGUGUUCUUCUCGAGUACAAGGUAACCUUAUCAGCUUCGAACCGUAGAAUACUUCCAAGCCGUCAGAUCUAAAGAGUGGACGCUGCCAGGUGCAGUGUAUGCAAGUUGGCAGCGUCGUGUGAGACAAACUGGAGCAAAGUGCCAGCAGUACACACAAUCAGUACGUUUUUGUUUUUCAUUCGUUUGUUCCGCCGUCGUUAUCCCAGAACCGCGAAGCCAACCAUUUCGGACCUACUACCACUGGAGCAGCCCUUGAUCCAUCCAGAUGGAGUAGCCGCUAACCAUCCGUACUUCAAUCUAUAUACAGGGGUUAAAUAUGUAUAGACGGUUGCGCCUGUAGAUCAAUGGCUGCAGCAGAUGGUUGCGUCUAUAGAUCUACGGUGGCAAAUGUUAUCACUACAGAGGAACCCUUUCGCAGUCCGCAGAUGAGCUACGAUGGGUACACCUCUAUAUCUCAUGCGCCAAAGCCACCCCAAUAUGUGAGGACAGUCGAUAGAUCCUUUGAGGUGUCGCAAUUUAGUUCCACUGGUUUGUUUGGUUGUUGCUGUUUUGAUGCAGAAUCUCCCCUGUUGGAAAAAUGGGGGAAUCGCAACCCAUUGGCAAAGUGGGAAAUCAUAAUCUGUUAGCCAGUACCUCGUCGUCGUUCAAAUGGACUUCCAUCCAUAUGCGAAAGCCAUAUAUAUGUGAAGCACCGCUCUUCACAUACUUCCCCGUUCCCUUGGAAUUGCAAAGCGGUUCCGUGAACUGUUUGCCGUUUAAGUUGUUUAACAGAUCUUGUUGACCCCGGGGCUGAGUUCCCAUUAUUAGUCCCUAUUAUUUGAUGUUGUCACAAUAGGUUACAGGGAUCAACGGCCGGACACAGGGGACCGGGAUCGGGGAAGGUCAGGGGGGCCCUGUUCUCCAGAAACCCAAUCUCCUGUUGUCUAAGGUUGCUGCCUUUAGAGUGGUUGCUGUAGUAGGGAAGCCUCACAAGGAAUGGAGGGAGGACUGUUCUCACCGGGGGUUUGGUGUUGAUACAUGCAGCGCAGAAAGGGGUGUAGAUACUAGAGUCCGUCUUCUGUUGUGCGCUGAAUUCAGAGACACGCUGGUCUGCCUCAUCUGAGGUUGCUGUGUAGUGGAGAAGGAUAUGGCAUAGAGCAGGGAGGCUUCUGUGUAGCUGAGGUGGGUAUGUAAUAGAGAAGAAAGGACUUGCCGGUGCAGGUUUGUGUUGAUAUAUGCAGUGCACAGAGCGGGGGAGGAUAUUGAGCAGCAGUGUAGUGGAGGAGGGCAUGGGAUAAGAUAAAGUUGUAUCGACGAAGGGUUUUGUUGAUAACUUGAUAUGCACUGCAGAAAGAGUGGAGGAGGAUAUCGAGCUGCGGUGUAGUGGAGGAGGGCAUGGGAUACAGAAGGGGGAGGACUUCUCGGUGCAGGGUUGUGUUGAUAUGCAGUGCAGAAAGAGUGGAGGAGGAUAUCGAGCUGCGGUGUAAUGGAGGAGGACAUGGGAUAAGAUAAAGUAGUAUCGAUGCGGGGUUGUGUUGAUAACUUGAUAUGCACUGCAGAAAGAGUGGAGGAGGAUAUCGAGCUGCGGUGUAGUGGAGGAGGGCAUGGGAUAGAGAAGGGGAGAAGUGGGAGGACUUCUCGGUGCAGGUUUGUGUUGAUAUAUGCAGUGCAGAAAGAGGUGCCGGUUCUGUGGAAUGUCCGGUACCAAAGCUUUGGCUGAGUUUGGAGUAUCUGUUCUUGUCAUGUCUAAGGUUGCUGCCUUAGGCUUCCGUGUAGAGGAUGAGGACAUGCAAUAGAGAAAUGAGGGCUGUUCUUGAUGCACGUUUGUCUUGACUCGCAGUUUAGAAAGAGGUACGGAUAGCGCAACAUGUUGCACACUGAAAUGUAGACAAGUUUGGUGAAGAUCUUGCCUUGACGUUUUUUGUGAGUGAACAGACAUGAUGCCAUCACACAGUAUAUAUAGGGUGUAUGUCUCCUGCUGGCAUCGAUAGGAAGGAGGUUUCUGGAAGAGGACAGCACUCCACUCCUUGAUGCACGCUGAAGUUCCGGACUGUGCCUAUCAACCAUUGUUUCUGGAGUGAGAGAGGAGCAGCACAAUAAAGAUCAACUACAGGUAACAGGUAUAGACAGUAGUAGUGUUGAAAGAGGAGACGGUGAGUCACUGACCAUAGUAUGUUUUUUUUUUUAGGAGUGUUAUAGCUAUAACCCUCUGGGGGAGUAUGCAUGGUUUGUGGUGGUUAGUAAUAUAGUUUUUGAUGUAUUGGCCCCUGGGGCAGCAUAUUUGGGGGUCGUUGAUUUUGACGAGAGCACCAAAUGAGCUCUCAGCAGAAAGGUUGAAGUGUUGGAAUAGAAAUGGAAAUGGGAAUAUCGUCGACCUUCAAGGACAGGAUGGUAAAUUGAACAGGGUGUGAAAGUAGACAGGAAAUGGGACCGGGACAGGAAAUGAAACCUGGAACAGGCAUUGGAACCAGGGACAGGAAAUGGAACGGGAAGUGGAACCGGAAAUGGAACGGCUUGUUACAUUUUUCUAUAGAAAGGUGCAUGUGUUGUCUGGGCAUGGAACAAAGUCGCUUGGCCAAU